AUGGGGAAGAGAAGAGUAGAUGAAGAUGAUUCUGACAUCGAUAUUAGUUCUACUGAAUCUGAGAGUGAAGAACAGCAAGAAGAGAUAGUAAAUGUUGAUUUCGAUUACUUUGACUUGAAUCCAGAAGUUGAUUUUCAUGCUACAAAGAACUUGCUUAGACAGCUAUUUGGAGACGAUGCAAAUAAGUUUGAUAUAUCGUCUCUUUCUGAUUUGAUUUUGACCAAGAAUUCCGUUGGUACGGCUAUUAAAACUGAAGGUAAGGAGAGUGACCCAUUUGCUUUAUUAUCUGUAAUUAAUAUCUCAGAGUACAUUUCUAAUCCUAGUAUAAAACCUUUGGUUGAUUAUGUCAUUGGUAAGACAGCUAAGGAUGUGGAGUUCAAUCUCAUGCUCAGGAAAUUGUUAAAGAAAGAUUCACCUAAGAAAGUCGGUUUGAUAGUUAGUGAGAGAAUGAUCAAUAUGCCCGUGGAACUAGUCCCUCCCAUGUAUAAAUUGCUCUUGGAGGAAAUGACUAAGGCAAGUGAUGCUAAUGAAAAGUAUGAAUUCGACUAUUUCAUAAUUAUAUCUAAGAUUUAUAACCUUGUUGCUCCUAAUAUUGUUGAUGAAGAAGACUCAGGGAAGAAGAAGAAAAAGAAGCUUCCAAAAAAUGAACCUGCACCUUUAGAACAAGACUACUUCCAUUACGAAGACAUAAUUUUGGAAGAGAAUGCCAAAUACUUCGGAAACUAUCCAUACACAGAAGUGAGCCAAGAAACAGACUCCAGAAGAGUAUUUACUGAAUAUGGAAUAGACCCUAGGUUGAGUAUAAUUUUGAUAUCAAAAGACUCUUUGGCUACUUCCAUUCCUCUUAUGGAGGAAAAAUUUCCCCCGUUUUAG